UGUGUCAUGGCGGCGCCCUUAUGAUGACAUCUGAAACCGGUGACUCUGUACCACUAUACGUUUAUUAACAUUUUCAUAACCUCACGGAUCUCCGAACAUGGAUUGACACAUUCUUGCAAGCUUCGUAAACGUUUGAGUUCAGUGAUGAGGAGGAUGACUAUGUUGUUGAGGAGGGCGACCUCCAUACCGCGCCCGGACGUUUCCCUCUCUCCAUGGCCCCAGCCAGCCUUCUCUCCGGCAUGGACCCCUGUGCCCCCUUUCACCUGCUAUCAGGUUCGCUAUCUGGCAGCAAAGCAGGGUAAACUACCUGCUGGGAAAGGCAAGAAGUACAAUCCCAAACCAAAGAAAAUCGAGAAGCAGGAGAAACAGGAGGUGGAAAUCAAGCAGCACAUGACUGUGUCUGAAUUGGCCCAGGCCAUGAAUAAAGACAUUGAUCAUGUGUACGAGGCCCUCCUGAACACCGAGGUGGACAUAGACGAGCUGGAGCCGGACGCGUACCUGGAGGAGAAGUGGAUCAAGGAGGUGGUGAAGCGCUCGGGAAUGAAGUACAAAUACGCCCGACUGGCUGAGGUCAAAGUCAGGGAGAACAAAGAUGUCCAGAGACAGCCGCCAGCUGACCCUGCGGCUCUGGUGAGUCGCCCCCCGGUGGUCACCAUCAUGGGCCAUGUGGACCAUGGCAAGACCACCCUGCUGGACAGCCUGCGCAAGACCCAGGUGGCAGCCAUGGAGGCCGGGGGCAUCACACAGCACAUAGGAGCCUUUCUGGUCCAGCUGCCUUCCGGAGAGAAGAUCACGUUCCUGGACACUCCGGGCCACGCGGCGUUCACUGCCAUGAGGGCGCGUGGAGCCCUGGUUACCGAUAUCAUCAUCCUGGUGGUUGCUGCGGACGACGGGGUCAUGAACCAGACCAUCGAGUCCAUACAGCUGGCCAAAAAAUCCAAAGUGCCCAUCAUCCUGGCGGUGAACAAGUGCGAUAAGCCUCAGGCGGACCCCAAGCGGGUCAAGGAGCAGCUGCUGGCCCAUGACAUCGUCUGCGAGGAGUACGGAGGUGACGUCCAGGCCAUCCACGUGUCCGCUCUCAAGGGUGAUAACCUGAUGGAGCUGGCAGAGGCGACUGUGACGCUGGCGGAGGUGCUGGAGCUGAAAGCUGACCCCUCAGGUCUGAUGGAGGGCACAGUCGUUGAGAGUCGCACAGACAAGGGCAAAGGACCCGUCACCACAGCGAUCAUCCAGCGUGGCACCAUACGGCGAGGCUCUACACUGGUGGCGGGGAAGACCUGGGCCAAGGUGCGCUUCCUGUUCGAUGAGAACGACCGGCUGUUGAGCGAAGCGGGGCCCAGCUCGGCGGUCCAGAUCGUGGGCUGGAAGGAGCUGCCCUCGGCUGGUGAGGAGAUCCAGGAGGUGGAGUCGGAGCAAAGGGCGAGGGAGGUUGUGGAGUGGCGAGAGUACGCCGAGGAGCAGGACAAGCUGAAGGACGAGCAGCAGGCCAUCGAGGCCAAGCAGCGCGAACACCAGGAGAGCUACCGGCGCGAGCGCGAGAGCCUGGCCCACCUGAGCUGGCGCCAGCGCAAGGCGGCCAUGUACCGCGCCAACAAGCACCGCAUGGCGCAGAGACCCAGCGAGAGGAGCGGCGACAGCGAGCAGCUCACCGUACCGCUCAUCAUUAAAGGUGACGUGGAUGGGUCUGUGGAGGCCAUCUUAAAUAUCCUGGAGAGUUACGAUGCCCACUACCAGUGCCAGAUGGACAUUGUGCACUUUGGAGUUGGCGACAUCACAGAGAAUGACAUCAACAUGGCAGAAACAUUCUCAGGUAUAAUAUACGGUUUUAACGUCGAGGCCAACAAGCCCAUCCAACAAAUGGCUGCUAAGAAGUCUGUCCCUGUGAAGCUGCAUAAGAUCAUCUAUAAGCUCAUCGACGACCUGAAGGAAGAGCUGAGCAGCAAACUGCCCCCGACCAUCCAGGAGAAUGUCAUUGGCAAAGCAUCGGUGUUGGCCACCUUCUCGGUGACGAUAGGGAAGAAAAAGGUUCCUGUGGCUGGCUGCAGGGUCCAGAAAGGGCUCCUGGAUAAAAAGAUGAAGUUCCGGCUCACCCGCGGACGAGACAUACUCUGGGAAGGCUCCCUUACGGCCCUGAAGCACCACAAAGACGACGUGCAGUCGGUGAAGACGGGUAUGGAGUGUGGGCUGUCUCUGGACGAGGACGUGGAGUUCAAGCCCGGGGACGAGAUUGUCUGUUACGAGGAGACCGAGGUCCAGCAGAAAAUAUCCUGGGAUCCAGGAUUCUGAGAGACAAUUUAGAAAUACUGUUUAGUAUUUCCUUCAAAAACAAAGGGUGAAAACAUAGAUAACUCACCUCUGAGUUACACAUCAAAGACAACCCUGAAGCAGAAACAGGACUGAGAUACAUUACCGCAUCAAAUGCAUCAUUAGAAAGCAGAAACGCUUGAAAAUGUACCACUAUUUACCACCACGAAAAAUGACCAUGCUAUAUUCAUACCAGGGAAGCAACCGUAUAUAUCACUGUUUGUCAUCAGUGCCUACUGGAACAGCAUCAAUCAUCUGAAUGUCAAUACAGAGCUUUAUUCUGUAAAUAGAUAUUUGUUCCUGUGAAAUAAUUAAAAUGCUUUAUUAUA